AGAAAUAAUUACCUGCCUUGAUUGUUCUAUGGGUAGAUAAAAAAGUACACAUACGCUCCAAAAAAUAAUCGGAUGCAUGUAAAAUAGAGGGGCAGCAUCGACAUGUCGGCCACGGUUCCCUUAAGUAAUUAUUAUGUAGAUUCCUUGAUAAACCACGAAAGCGAGGAUGUUAUUGCGGCUCGAUUCUCGGGUUCUGGUUCGCACCCUACCGGCCCUCGUCCGACGUCCCUCGUAUCGGAGUGUGGUGACUAUCCCUCCUGCAGCUUUGCCUCUAAACCAUCCGUUUUCACUACAUCCUGGACCCCUGUUCACUCCCAGUCCUCAGUGGUCUACCAUCCAUACAGCCAUCAACCUCAUCUAGGAACGGACUCAAGGUAUGUGCGGUCAUGGCUGGAGCCGAUCUCGGGGGCAAUGUCCUUUCCAGGCUACCCUGCCAACGCCAGACACUAUGGGCUGAAGCCCGACGCCUUCCAGGAGCAUCGAGCCAGUGACUGCCUCGCCUCCAACGGACGCACCUACACGGAUUAUAUAUAUUGCACCACCGCUGACAUCCGAGAAAAGACCCAACCAAACAUCCCUUCUCCCGAGACCGAGCCUUUGGCUUUCGGGAAGCAUAAAGACGAGAAACCAGAAUUAGACCCGAAUAACCCAGUUGCAAACUGGAUUCACGCGCGUUCAACAAGGAAGAAGCGGUGCCCUUAUUCAAAAUACCAGACUCUCGAACUUGAAAAGGAGUUUUUGUUUAAUAUGUACCUAACCAGAGACCGUCGAUACGAGGUGGCAAGAGUCCUCAACCUCACGGAGAGGCAGGUCAAAAUCUGGUUCCAGAACCGGCGCAUGAAGAUGAAGAAAAUGAACAAAGAAAAAACCGACCGCAACAAAGAACAAUAAUAAAGGACUGGUUACAACAACGACAAAAUAACAAAAACAAGAAUCAGACACAGUAAAAUAACCACUAUUGCCAUGGAUAACAACACAGAUAAACCAAAAUAUAUGAUGCCCCCUUCUUAAUGUUGGAUGUUGUUUGUGGUUUUUUAUUAACUCCACCUUCCAUGUUUGAUGCUAAAUAUUUUUUGUUUCUCCACAUGCACCUUUCCUUGUCCAGGUUUAAAAUAGCCUUUAAGGGAAAGAAAACAUUUGCACUUGUGAAGAUACUUGUAGGCCUCUAUGUUUAUUUACAUAAGGAACAUUUGAAACAUUAAACAUAUUUUGAACAAAUGUAUAACUGUCCCAAAGUAUAAGGAAUGGAACAUUGGAAUUAUUUUAAUUUCUACCCUCCAUAAUUUAUGACGUCCGUGCGAAUAUUCCUUACGUGUUUGUUUCUUGUGAAUGUCAUGCAGGUGUUGUGGCAUAUUCUGUACAAAAAGAGAACAUCUACCCUCUUAACAAAUGUAUGUCUGUCUUGUGUAUAUGUGGUAACGUAUCCGUUCGGUGUACUUAUUUGUGCGUUUCGUAUUAUUUUGAUUGUAUAGACAACACGUGCCAUUCAUUAUAGAGAGUGUAGAUAUAGACCUACUCAAAUAUAAAAAUGAUCAUGAG